AUGUCUGAUCCGGUAUCCAUCCUUGAUCGUUCUAUCAAGGAACGAGGUCUCGUAGCUGGAUAUGUUCCGAUACAAGAUCCGCAAGGAAAAUGGGUUGUCACCGUCACCGUUCAACACUCGCAGACCACCGGAUCGCAUCGCGCUGGUGUUAUCACGCGGUACAAAGGUGUUGGGCGGGCUAAUCGAAUCAAGAAAGCUAAACAGCUCGCUGCAAGGGAUGUGCUUACUAUGUUGCCUCCGCCAGGUGUUCCUCCAGAAAACAUUCCAGAUCGCCUGCGGUUCCUUAUGAAUCGCAACCAAGGACAGAUUGUGUUGAAGGGUCAAAGUACGGGAAGGAUCCUUCCACAGUGCUGGAAAUUUGAGAUGUUCGUGGGAAGUGAUACUGAACCGGUGGCCACAUCAGACUGGCGUCUUCGUAACUCCGCGAUGAAGCAGGUCCUAUGGCGAGCCUGUGUGAACCUCGGCUACUUGAAUGCUACGCCGUCCGAGAGCGACAUGCAGAUCGACCUAGAAGACCAUGAAGACGAUGAAGACGAGGUAGAGGCUAUCCUCGAUGGUCAGCACGAGAGAGACGGCAACUCGCCCACCCUGCAAAGUGUGCACUUGAUCACAGAUGUACCAUCUGGGCCAAGUAAUCUUCCUGGUGACAUACCUUCAGACGACAAUACGCCAGACAUGCUGCGCUAUCUAAUCGCUAGGUACGAGACAGCGACCUUCCGUGUUCGAUCCCUCACUGGUGUAUCGCCCGUACGCUGGGAGUACUCCCUGUUCUUGGGAAAUGACACCCUUCCAUGCGGUGUUUCGGACUGGCGUUCUGCUCGUGUCGCGAGGCGACAGGCUCUAGUGUCAGCCUUCGAGAUACUUGGUAUCCAUAAUGCAGCUGCCAGUGCGCCGUCAACAUCCUAG